AUGGCCGAUAACGAAUCGAGCAAAAAGCGGAAGAGAGCAGGGCGUCGCAAUAAAUCUCACACCCAAAAGCUCAAGCUUUCCACCGAAAGAGAAAGCACUUCCCCAAAAGCUGAAAGAAUCAAUGAAGAAGCAGCAGAGAAGCCAAAAGCUUCUGCUUCUGCGUCUGCUAAGCGCUUAAAAUCGCAGGGAAAGCUCUCGAAUUCGUCAAGCUUUCUCGAUAAGAUGAAAGCAAAGCUAUCGGGAGGCCAUUUUCGGAUGAUUAACGAGAAGCUCUACACUUGCACUGGAAAGGAGGCGCUUGAGUAUUUCAAUGACGACCCGACAUUGUUUGAUACAUACCACACAGGAUAUCAAGAGCAAAUGUCACAUUGGCCUGAGCUGCCAGUUGAUAUAAUCAUCAAAUGGCUUAAAGAGCAUAGCCCUUCUCUGGUCGUGGCUGAUUUUGGAUGUGGGGAUGCACGCCUAGCAAAAAAUGUGAAGAAUAAAGUCUUCUCCUUUGAUCUCAUAUCCAACGAUCCUUCAGUAAUAUCCUGUGAUAUGGCAAAUACACCCCUCGGCUCUACAUCUGUAGAUGUUGCUGUCUUCUGCCUUUCGUUGAUGGGGACAAAUUUCCCAACUUACCUGAAUGAAGCACACAGAAUACUUAAGCCAGGUGGUUGGCUUUUGAUAGCAGAAGUGAAGAGCAGAUUUGACUCAACUACUGGAGGAGCCGAUCCAAAGACAUUUACAAAAGCCGUAUGUGAUCUAGGAUUUACCUCUGUGUCGAAGGAUUUCUCAAAGAAGAUGUUUAUAUUGUUUUACUUCAAGAAAAAGGAGGAGCAAGAUUCAAAGAAAAAGGAUAUUGAAUGGCCUGAGCUGAAACCUUGUUUGUAUAAGCGCCGCUGAGAGGGAAGCCACUGGUGUUUGUGACAAGUUCAUCGUCUUCAUUACUCACUUUUUUCGGUCAAAGAUGAAGUUGUGCACCGGUUGCCUGUACGUUAGAAAUGACAAUUCUUUCAGCCGCUUUAGUUUCGAAGUACUGCCGAUCAGUAUAUUUCUAUUUUUGUACCAAAAGAAAUACAGUUCUACUUGUUUUUUCUUUCGGUCAUAAAUUUUGUAUUGGUUUCAUCUGUAUCUCAAACGAACUCAUAUAUGUUUUCGUGCGGUUAAUUUUGUGGAUUGCUACUGAAAUUGUUUUCCCGCUGUAUCCAUCGAUGAUUUGUAGGAUAUACAAUGUAUUUACCA